AUAGGUGAGCUUUUCGUGGCCUAGGGAUUAUCUGCGGCUAUUUAUACACUGUUUCUCAAAAUGAAGCAAUAUUUUCUUUCAUUUAAAAGUAUCUUCAGAACUCAUGCCAAUGCAGUAGACUCUAGUUACUGUGUCACACAAAAAAUUAGCUUGAAAAUUUGCGAUGGUUAACAGAGUAUGACUGUAAUUUUGCGUAUUAAGAUCAAAAUUCUGGUUUAUUUUAACUGGUAGAGUGUGACGGGAAGCGGAGUCGACUGCAUUUCUCUAUCUCUAUGCGGUCCUCCUCUGAUUCUGGCAAAUCUUGAUUUCAAGGCGGUCGGAGCAAAUGUUUUGUAGAAGGCAGCGGGAAAACUUAGUUCUUUUAAUCAGGCCAAAUUUCAGCAAUCAAGUUUCUGUAAUGAAAAUCACUUACAAGAUGAUAAUGACAGGGUUAUCUUUAUUUUUUCUAAAAGCCAAAGUUUUCUUUGUUUUAAGGAGAUUUACUUCCUAGUGGAAACACCUUAGUGUUAUUGUUAGACCCCCGUAUUUGCGCCUUCGUAGAGGUCGUUCUGACAAUCAAAACAUCCAGACGUGAUUUCUGUCCGAAGAUGUCGGACGUUGCAGUUCUUGUAGAAGAAGAUGAGCUGGAAAGAGAGAAGAUGAACGGUAUGCUCAUCAAUGUUGCACCUUUGCAUGGCAUAGAGAAUGUUGGAUUUGAGAGUGAAGUAUCUGAAAAUGCAUCGAAAGUUGGAGCAAGCAGGCAAGAUACGGCCCGAAAUGAUGAUGAGCAAACAGAUUUCAUCAUGGCAUUGUUUGUUGUCGUUUUUGAUACACGACAUGGAAACGAAAUUGAAUGGCAUAUACCAGACUGCAUUGAUCUUGAAGGGGUUGAAUUUAAAGCAUUGGUCAGUGGUUCACACACUGUCUCUCAAGAUUUUGUGUAUUUCAAACAUAGAGGAUUUUAUGGAGUUAGCUGCUUUGGGAAAAUGUCUGUUGCUAACGAAGAAGAAAGACAUGCAAGAAUGAAAUCAGUUGGUGUUAUUUGUAAAGAUUACACAUCACUACAUGAACACAUGUCAUUUUUGGAAGAGCAAGUUAGGCAACAACUCACAAGACCAGCAAGUUACAAAGAGCUGGUUGAUUAUUAUAAUGAAUUUCGACAGUGUCCUCAUAAAAACAAUACUACAGUGUUAUUGGAAAGAAACCAUUUACAUGCUGUAGAUGAACUGCCAAUUUUAAAGAUAACACAUCCAGCUGGAUGUUUUAGUCAAUUUAUAAAAUAUUUUGGAGAGAAAAUUUUUAUUCUUUGGAAACUGAUUUUGCUGCAAAGUAGGAUUCUGUUUUUUGCACCUCCUCCUGCUGGGAUAUCGUCAUAUAGAGUUUAUUGUACCUGUCUUCUUGGGAGUCACGCAGUCCCAUUCGUAGCUGACUGGAAUCCAAAUCCACUUUUCUCAAUUAAUGUCACAGACAUACCAAUGCUGACUUCGAAAGAGCAGUAUGUAGCAUGUACAACUGAAAAAAUAUUUGAGACCAAGACUGACGUUUAUGAUGCUUAUGUUGACAAUCAAAAUUUAAGGCUGAGUGAACGGCUGGCUUUGAUCGGAAAAAUAAACAAUGGAGACAAGAAACGCUACCAACAGUUGUGUAUGUACAGUGAUGAAGAAUUCGUGAGUGGAAAAGAAGUAUAUGAUGAUGAAACUUUAUACACAAGAUUCUUUGUAGAAGCAAACAACAGACUGUUCAAGGUAUUAUACGAAAUUGCCAGUCACGAGGAUCGAACUUUAACGGCUGAAGCAGUUUAUGAAAUGGGACUGGAUCCAUACGGUGAUCGAUUGUUUAUAGCUCUUAUUGUCGAUCUAUACGAUAUACACGUCAUCUUACCAAAUGUCUCCUGUUGUUGAUAACUAACGGAUAUUCAUAGUUAUUCUCAACUAUCAUUUACUCAUACACUCAGUGGCAGGUAGAGACACUCUUUGUCAAAAUCAAGAGAUGUCAAAUAGGGGAUUUGUGUGACAAGUAUUGGUAAAUUUUUCAUUUGCAGUCAUUUGUCACCACAGUUUCAGUUUUAAAGCAUAAUACCGUUUUGUUCUCGACCUUUUCAUGCCUGUUGUAGACAAACUAACUUUCCAAAAUGACUUUUGUCUCUUUGCUGUCCUCUACCACUCCCCUGAUCAUGCACCUCAAAUCCAAUACCCUUUUGCAUUGAUGCAAAGUCUUCAAUGUAUUUUAGCAAGUUCAGUCACCUCCUAAAAUGGUUGCAAGAUUCUCUUUGAAGGGGCAUUCAUUUUCUUCCACCCUGUCUUAUCGCAAUUCUCGUAGCAAUCGAAUUUUAAACGCUAUAAUUGCAAUCUUUUGAAAUCUAUGCUUUCAGAAUAACCUGAAUAUUUGUUUGUUAGCUGCAUAAGUCUGAUAUGAUUAAUAUACAGUCGAACCCCGUUAAGUCGUGCCCUGAAUAAGCCAAACUUUUGCUUAGUUGUGUAAUUUCCUUAUCCACCCCUCCCCCUUUGAAGCCCUGACUUUUUUGUAAAGUUGAAACCUCGCCAACCCUUUUGGUAUAUUACACUAGUCCGAGGAAUACCUUCCUUCUUUCUUAGUGAAAUAUUUCUAUUCGCCUUGUCCUUUCUUAACCCCAGUGUAAAAUACUGAACAGCCCUUUAGCACAAUAAUUCCAUAGCCACAAUUUAUGUUUUGUACAAAGCCCUUGUAGUUAUGUUUAUGUAUUUUAGAAUUAAGUAAUUUGGGUAGGUAGAUGAUAAUUGCACGUUUUAAACGUAAAUCAUUGUCUGAAAAAUUAAUUUGAAUAAUUUUAGUAAGUUUGUUUUACCGGUGGUUUUAAAUUUCAAUAUUGAUAAUAGGUUUUGGGUAAUAAUAUUAAGUAUUUUUGGCGUAAAGCUCGAAGUUGUGAUGAUGAUUUCCAAACAAUUAUGUGAGGAGAUUUAUUGGCCUUUAAACAUUUAUUUUUAAUGUAUUCCUUUUUAUCAUUUGGAGCUGAAAAAAUAACACAACGUUUUUCACAGAUAUAAUGUUUGAAAUUUUUAUGAAGUUUGGAAAAAGAUGUAGAGUUUAAACGUAUAUACUGCUCUCAGCCAAACGUAUUCGAUAACUUGAUCUUCUCGGCCGAAAAUAUCGCGUUAACUAGACGUAAAUAAUUUUCAGGAAAAUUAAACUUUACCAACACAAAUCCUCUCGAGUUUUUAUGCACACUUUUAUGCAAGCACUUAAUCGAAUUUUCUGCAUCUUAGAGACCACAGCAUAUUAUAAAUUUUAGAGCAUUCCUUUUGUAUCCUUGCAAAAAUUUGUGCUUUUGAAAUAAUUUUCGAAAUAACCGUUCACAAAAAUCUCUUUUAUUUUACCCCGCAUAAUAUCAAAUAGAAGCACGAAGUUUUCCCACGAAUAUUUAUCGAUCUUAGGGGAAGUAACUGAUUUGUUUAUGUAUUUCUGUCGAUUUUGAAGUAUAUUUAUAAGUUAAUAUCUUUCAGAUGUGAGUAUUUACUUAAUAAAGGGUUAUUAUCAACGUCUAUUUUCAGUUGAUUAAUGUACUUUUCGCUGAAUAAAAUAAUUUUUGCUAUUUUGAAAUUAAUAAGAGUCAACAGAAUUUUAGAAUUGUUUUUAGCUGUAUGGUAGGCAAUAAUGCGAUGGCUUUAUCAAGCAGUCAAGCUUCUUAUCUUGAAAAAUGUCGUUUUGAGUUGGGGAAUGCUGUGGUGAGAAAAGUUUAAAAAGGGAAGGCAUUUAUGUAAAUGAAAUGUUCGUUGAUGUACUAAACAAUCUUGAACUUUGUUGAUAAGUAAUAAAUUGCAGUUAAGUAAUGCAUUCGUAAUCAUAUUUCCUUUAUGGAAGUUCACUGGAACUUAUUUUGUAUGCUCGCAAACGUACUUUCGGGAAACCCAUAUGAACCAGUAGCCAUAGUUAAUGAACCAGUAGUAAAUACAUGGUUAAUAUUUGUAAUUAUCCGAUAAGAAUUAUGAAAUAUUUGUUAAUCGUUUUUAAAAGUCUCUUUUAUGAAAAAUUAUCUAAGAAACCACAAUGAAGACAGAAGCAAUGCUAUGAUGAAUUCAAGCAUCGAUGUCGAAGCUACACCAUCAUAAAAGGCGAUUCUGAAACGAGCAAUGAAGAAUUUUUUGGUAUCAUAUACCUCCUUUGCGGAAAUGAAUUGUUUAUUCAUUGUUUUAUUCCCAUGAGACAAAAAGUAAUAAAAGUGGCACUGACGCACUUAUGCAGCAUGAAAACAAGUUGGAACAAGGAUGCAUUGUGAAAAAUUGGUGCAAAACUCAUGGUUGUGAUAAUGUCCUUAUUGUUUUCGAGAUACAACAAAGCAGUGCACAGAGAAAUGCAAAGAAGUUUUUUGGGUGUG